GCCAAGGUUUGCUUUGGCCGAAUCCCGAAGUGACCACUUUUUUUCUAAGGUUAAGGGUGAGGGUUAAUCUAUAACCCUGACCUCCUUUGGUUUAAAGGCACGAGAGUUUAUUGAAUUAAGCUUCUGUCUGUGUCACCUAAUCCUUCCACAAACACACACCUCAAUUGACAGGACCCAGACACGCCUGUGACGUGAGAAAGAAGGUUACUGUUUUUAUGGGAGGGGAAAGAGAGCUCAGGCGGCACAGCCCAGUGCCAAGUCGACUGUUGGACAAGAAUCUUUAAAGAAACGUUUUUAAAUAUGUUUGUCCUUUUAAAAAAUUUAAAAUGUUUUUUCCUGAACGAAUAAAAGCUCGUCCCAGCCACCAAACAGGAGCUGAAGCUGAAACAGAGAAGCUGCCGCGUCUCGCUGCUAAAGAGAAAUGAAACUAUUCCUGGCCUGCGCACUACUCCUGUGUGCUGCCCUUCACCUCAGCCAGUCACAGUGCUUGGAGGGUCUCGCCAGCAUGGAAAUGUCCGCAGAUGGUCAGUAUGUGGUUCCCACACACUGUACGGACCCCUUUGACAGCACCCCAUACCCCUUAGGUGCGGUGUGGAGGACUGGGGACUGCAUGGAGUGCUUGUGUGAGGGGGGCGGGUUCCGAUGCUGUCCUGUCGAGGUGACGAGGCCGGAGAGGGUCCCUGAAGACUGUGUGCUGCUGUUUGACGAGGAGAGCUGCGGGUUCAAGGCGUUCAAUAUCAAUGACCCCUCAGAGUCCUGCCCUCUGUAAUCUGCGGGUCGGAGGCUGGCAAUGACGCCAGAGACUCCCCUCUGUGUACCGAGAGCUCUUACCCUGCCAACAAUCAAUAAACCUGAAUUCGAAACCCACCUGGCUUUCAUUUUAUUACAGUCUUUGUAGAUUGGUUGACUUUCUCAUACAUUACUGUUUCCACACUUGCGUCAGAACUUUCACUAUGUUCAGUGUAAUUCUCAGGGUUUUUGUGUUUUUUUUUUUGUAUCUGCUGAGGUAGAGGUGUGCUGAUAAGCGUAUAAGAAGUAUUUAAAUCGGCAGGUUUUAAAUAAAUCCAUUCAUUAAUGUGUUGAUUUUAAAACGAGAAAAACUGUCCUUCCCUCACCUUUACAACUGAGUUCCAAUCAAUAGUGAUUAAGUUCUGCAGUGUUUUAAAAUAGCUGUUUUGAAGCUAAUUUUCCUCUCGUCCAGAUGGCUGGCAUUUCUUAUUGCCAUACCGAAGCCAUAAACUGAUAAUGAAAACGACAGCACUGUAGUGAAAAUGCCAGCGCCCAGGAUGAGAGAGAUAUUAGCUUCAAAUCGGCUUUUAAAACCAUGCCGAUAAAUACUUCUUAAAAGCUGAGUACGAGUGUUGUUUACACGCUUCCUAACCAACGAUUUCAGCACUGCAGGUAUAGUUUCACAGGAGGCAUAGAUUACAGCUUGCACGCCUCCUAGUGGACAGUUUAAUAAGCAAUAUGCACCUUGCUUGAAAAAUUCAGCUGUUAGGGAAAAUAGCCAAAUAUGGGACGAUCCCUUGGCUUAAGGUGACCAUAUGGCUCAGUUUUCAGCGGGACAGUUCGGGCUUCGCAACCCAGUGCAUUCGGGUAAGCGUAGUCCUGCUUCUCUUAAAGGCAAGAAUGGUACCUGAGACAGGUAAAACGUACCAGAAUGCAUUGGGGUGACAGGUAAAAAGUACCAGAAUGCAUUGGGUUGUGAGUUGAACAGCCUGAACUGUCUCACUGAACACGGAGCCAUAUGGUCAUCUUACUUGGCUUCACAAUUCCCACAGCCCCCCUCAAAAAAAAAAAAAAGUUCUCAACACUCCUUUAAACCAUAAGCGUGUUACUCAUUGAUGUACUUUUCUGGCUAGCACUUGGCAAGCUGUUUGAGUUUGCAAUUAGACUUUUUUUCUUACACCUGAGAAGUACGGCCACAGAGCUCUCUCUUGCAGCUUGUGAGCGCACGGGCUGAGAAAGAAAGAAAGAAGCUUUAUUUUGGCCCUCAUGCCGUGUUGGUUUGUCUUUGUCGUUUGUUUAAUAAAUGUGCGCAAACCGCGCUUGAACUGCAGCUUCUGUCUCGGAGUCUCUUUCCUGCCAGUAUCCAGCCAGGGCCGUGAUGCUACACAGUCACAAGUGGCGUCUAAAGUGGGAUAGCGCCCUCUAGAGACAGAAGCUGCAGUUCAAGCGCGGUUUGCACAUGUUUAUUAAACAAACAACGAAGACAAACCAACGGCACAAGGGCCAAAAUAAAGGUUGUAGUCUGGGCAUUAUUCACUACAAAGUUCCAAAAACUGGGGCAGCAGUGUGGAGUAGUGGUUAGGGCUCUGGACUCUUGACCGGAGGGUUGUGGGUUCAAUCCCCAGUGGGGGACACUGCUGCUGUACCCUUGAGCAAGGUACUUUACCUAGAUUGCUCCAGUAAAAACCCAACUGUAUAAAUGGGUAAUUGUAUGUAAAAAUAAUGUGAUACCUGUAUAAUGUGAAAUAAUGUAUAAUGUGAUAUCUUGUAACAAUUGUAAGUCGCCCUGGAUAAGGGCGUCUGCUAAGAAAUAAAAAUAAUAAUAAUAAUAAAAACACUUGCCAAACCCCUGCCCUGCCACACCAACCUUAAUUAAAAUUAGGAUUUGGAUUAGGGUUUAUUUCAAUCUUUAGCUCAGUGUUUAAAUUCUCUCAGCUGGCCCGGCACUGAAAAGCCUUUCUGCACCCAUGCCCACAUGCAAGUGCAAGAAAAUGGAUACAGAGGGCUAUAGUUUUAUGAAGACAGGCAAGAAUCUAAGAGGGGUUAAAAAGGGUUCUGCUUCUAUUCACCUGCACCAAUACCUAUAUAUGUAAAGCCCCUACAAUUGUUACAUGAAUAACUUCCUCUAAGGCAAUAGUGCAAUCUGGGAGCAGAAAUGAAUAUACAACUCAGCUCUGAGUCCCGCCUCCCUAGCAAGCUGUAGCCCUGCCCUGCAUGAACUGGUUCCAGCAACAUUACAGGAAGUGAGUUAGCAGCUUGUUUAAGUUUCGUUUCUUCAGAGCCCGUGCCCCUGGAUGAAAAACAAUGGCCUCGGCAGAGCUGUUUACAGAGGAUCAGUUCACCUGCUCGGUGUGUCUGGAAAUCCUCAAGAAUCCAGUCACCGUUGCAUGUGGGCACAACUUCUGCAUGGGCUGCAUCGGGAGCUGCUGGGAUCUGGGGGAUCAGAGCGGCUCCUACACCUGCCCCCAGUGCAGAGCAGCCUUCACACCCAGGCCUGCCGUUCACAGAAACAACUUGCUGGCCGAGAUUGUGGAGAGACUGAAGAGGACCGGGCUCUCUUCGGCUGCUCGGCCUUUUGCAGGAGCGGAGGAUGUUCCUUAUGAUUUGUGUGUCGGGAGGAAGCUGAAAGCAGCCAAGUCCUGUUUAGUGUGCCUGGCUUCGUACUGUGAACCGCACCUCGCCCCUCACCAUGAAAUUGUAACAUGGAAGAGACACAAGCUGGCUGAGCCAAUGGCAAACCUUCAAGACCGACUCUGCAAAGAGCACGGGAAUCUUCUGGAGCUGUUCUGUCAGACUGACCAGGCGUGCAUCUGUGUCUCUUGUACCGAUGCAGAAACACACCACAAUCACACUACUGUCUCGGCAGCACGAGAGAGAAACGAGAAACAGGUGAGGCUGGGGGAGAAGCAGAAGGAAAUAAUGAAGCGAAUUCAAGAGAAAGACAAUAAACUCUGUGCUCUGAAAGAGGCUGUGGAGACUCUGAAGAGAUCUGCACUGAGCAGCAAGGAGAGAGUCGAGAAGGCCUGUACUGAGCUGAUUCGCUCCAUUGAGCAAACCCAGGCUGAGAUCCUUGAGCUGAUCAACUCGAAAGAGAAAGCCACAGAGACGGAGACUGCAGCGCAGAUCCAGCAGCUGGAGCAGGAGAUCGCUGAGCUGAAGAGGAGCAACGCUGGGCUGGAGAACCUUUCAAAGACUGAGGAUCACAUACACUUCCUACAGAAUUUCCAGUCUGUCUCUGCAGCUUCUGAAGCCCAGGACGCUUCCAUCAUUAUGAUUAAUGAGAAUAUCAGUUUAGAUGCUGUUGGUGAAGCUGUAUCUAAACUCAAAGAGCAAGUGGUGGCCAUCUGUCAGGGGGAGCUCAUGAAAAUAACUGUAUCCGUGAACAAAGUCGAUGUUUACAAUCAUCCAGAGCCAAGGAGCAGAGGGGACUUCUUGAAAUAUUCCGUUCAGAUCACGCUGGACUCCACCACAGCACAUAAUGUGCUUGUACUGUCAGAGGAGAACAAAAAGGUGACAUGCGUGGAUGGAUCCCAGUCUUAUCCAGAUCACCCGGAGAGAUUUGAUUUGUGGUGGCAAGUGCUGUGCAAAGAGGGUUUGUUUGGGACUCGCUGUUACUGGGAAAUCGAGUGGAGUGGGACAGGGGUUUCUAUAGGAUUCGCAUCUAAAGGAAUCAGCAGGAAAGGAAUGGUAAAUUCCAGCUGUCUGGGAAAAAAUGACAAGUCCUGGAGUUUGUUUUGGGAUUUGUCAAGAUUCUCAGCCUGGCACAAUAACGUACAAACUGCAUUAACUGCACCCCAUUCCAACAGGAUAGGGGUGUACCUGGACUUUAAUUGUGGAAUUGUAUCAUUUUAUGAUGUUUCUGGCACUAUGACUCUGAUACACAGAUUCAACACCACAUUCACUGAGCCUCUCCACCCUGCUUUUUGGCUACCAUACCCCGAUGUAAAAAUAACAAUCUGUCAGCUGAAAUGAGCCAUUUAUAAAAAUAUAACACUCUGUCACAAGUACAGCAGUAAAGGUGAUUGUUGUUGUUCUGAGUGCAGAUUGAGAAGCACCAGCUCUCAGCCCACCCAGCAGAGCCUGCAUUGGUAGCCUGCAUUGCUAUAGCUAGAAUGUGUGGCACGAGGCUACAGUUAAAUCAAAAAUGAAAGCUGGAAUCUAAAAUAUCCCCAGUAUUCACUGCGUUUAAAGCGACACUAAUGGUUUUUUUUAGGAACCCCGUCUCAAGCUUUUAGGUGGAGGUUGGAAUAUUUGAUUCUUAUAAGCGGUUGAUUCUUCAAAGCGGACCGAUAUGAUUACAAUUAGCAAAAGCGUGCCUCCGCGCAUCAGCAGUUUAAAUACAGUAAUACAAAUGUCAAUGGUGCUCAAUCACUGAGGACAACACAUCAAAACAAGACUUCGUGGGUAAGCAGCAUGUUAUACGAUUACGAUUCUGUUUACUCAAGGCUGCAGAAUCCUAUUUUACUACAGUAUACUUGAGAAGCGAUCGUCUCGUGAGGGUGCCUAGUUUACCUGCCCUGCGGUGUUACGUGUAAUGACCUUUGAAUUAAAAUGACAUUACAGUACAGUAUUUUACUGUCAGGACCACCACGGCAUUGAAGCAUCUGUUGCUUGCAGUCAGUUUGCCCCGAAAUGAUUCUUAUAAGCGGAUUGCUUGAUUCUUACAAGCCCAGUAUUUUACAUUGGUUGGUAUAGGAGUGGUUUUGUCCCCGCGGUUUUGAUCGCUAUAUGCGGUUGAUUCUUAUAUCAGUAAUUCUUAUAAACGGGGUGCACUGUAACUCUUUUUAUACAAUAAGGAAUGUCUGUUUCUUUAUAUAUUUUUGUUAACAAAGCUGCUUUUCUUGCAUGUGUUCUUUGUCCAUGGCUCAGUAUAUUAGUGUUGAUCGUAACAUUUGAACUGUCUGUAUUUUCUCAUUGAAAUAUCAAUCGCUAAAUUAAUAACUAAUUCCAUCAAUCAAAAAUGGAUCAUCUCAGAGGUCCUGUACAAUGUCUGGUUAAAAUAAACGAUUCUCAAACAAUGAAA